UGUUGCUUCUGUCGCGGCAGUAAAUACCGAGCGGAGCAGGAGAGCGCUCGCUCUCUCACCAACCACGGCCAGGACCUCCGGAUUCGGUUGCAGCUGUCCCGACCCGACUGAGGGCAGACCAUCUAAGUGCCAACCGAAGAGGCAAACAGUUUGUUGCUGACUUUUGCCAAGGGAAAGCGUGUUUCCGGUUCCCUUUGCUCGUGAAGUUGUGUCGUGGUGGAAUCGAUUUCAAAGAAAAAAAAAACGGGAAGAUAAAUGGAUUUGAAGUUUUGGGAAAGGUUCUGACCAAGAUCAAAGUGGAAGCGGUUCCCCCUCCUACUUUUGGUUUUCCGUGUGGGUGAAGGAGGAUUUGGACUGGUGCUUUAUGAAGUGGCAAGUGUGAGUUGUUUAGGAUCAUGUGGAGAUAACAUCAUUACAGUUGAUUGGAAGGUUGGGAAAAAGUUGUGGGAAGUGAUUUUGGUGGAAUAGUUUGGGAAUAGUUUUCUUUAGUAAUAAAUUUGGAUAAGGUUUAGGUUAAAGAAAAAUGAUUAUGAAGAAAAAGGUUUCAUUCGACUUCGGAUUCGAAGUGGUGAUCGUAGCUAGUAAAUGUUCCAAAUAUAUUGAAGAAUAAGUGAUUCUCGGAAGAAGAGAGUUAGCAAAUUUUCGUGGCUUACAAAGUCGGAAGUUACAAGAAAGAAAGAUAAUAAAGCGUGAAACGCGAACUGGUUCAAAAUAUUUUCAACAAAGAUAAAUCAGUCUGAAAAGUUUGCGAGGAAUUAUUCAUUAUGCUAAUGAACCCAGCCAACGGGGGAAUUACUUCCACUCGUUGUUUGCCAGGCAAUGGAAGUUAACGCCGCUGGAAAACUACGAUCGUAAACCAGAAACCGCGAAGUUGUGGUGCAACCUUUGCGAGUAGAAAUGGUGAAAAGUGGAAACGGUUCAACUGUACAGAGUGAAUAAGAAGUGAUAAUAAAACUACAAUGUUUGAGGAUAAAUAAAGAUAAGGGAAACCAUGCGUCUCCAUUGGAUCGGUGCUGUGUUAUCCAGAAAGCAACAAGCUGAGAAGAUUGUAUGACUCGUAACUUUGAACUUAAGGUCAUAGAGUCAUCGUCAUCCCAAACAGUCGUGAAACCAAAGAAGAAAGUCACCCACAAAGUCACCCGCAAAGAAAAAGGUAAUUUGGUAUACAGCUGCUGCCAAGUUUCCCAAAGGAUUGCAUCUCAAUCCAGCCAAUCGUCGUCCAAGCAUUAUAGCAGAACCGGUGUCAGGGUGAGGUAAUCAGUACAAUUCGUAGAAAUCGUCAUUCGCCGUCGCACAAGUCACUCGGGAGAAUUCCUCUUCCAAGGAUCGAGAGCAAUGUGAUUUCCCCUGGAUUAGCCUAUCCCCUUCUUGAGUUAGCGUACUGCCGGUGAGCUCGAGAUGAUUUAUUCGAUGCGCGUAAUCGAGCAAAAGUAGGUAAAAAAUUUCCAAUUUAAUUUUAUCCCCGUGAGGGUGAGAAAAAAGUGUUUCAAUUGAAAACGCAGAAGAAAAAGAGAUUUCCUUCGAUUCCGCCCGUCCCCUUUGGUUGGAUCGUCAUAAGCAGCAAGGAGCAGGAAGUGAAAGAUUGGCACCUGGUCGGAAGCAAAGGAAAAACGCGUCUGUGAACCAGGUUGAGAUUCAUUCAACCUCAAUGCGGUGAGACGGUGGAAAUAGCUUUACGGAUUUACGGUGGAGUAUCGAUGUGAGAAAGGUGUGAAUAACAACAAAGCUAUAGAAAGAUUUUCACUGAAAGGAUUUUGGAUUUGCUGAACCUGCAGCCAACGCGACAACGGUUGUGACAAAUUUUCUUCCCCGUUUUCUUCUGAUGAUUGGAUAAGUAUCGGCGUUUAAAUGGUUAAUCCACUUUCAUCAUUCCUGGCCAAUAAUACUACAGUGAUUGGGGAUGAAAACAAUUGACAGUGCCCGACGACAUCAACGACAGCAACACGAUGCAGCAACAAGAAAAACGACGCGAGCUGCGGUUGAAAAAGUUCUGGCGUACCACCACGAAGCCACCCACGUCCUCGGAGGAUUCCGGCGGGUGCGAAAGUCCUACAAAACUAGGACGAAAGGCCUUCCAGCAGCAAACGAAUAGCAUUAACAGUCCCGCCCGCAAUCCGCCGACAUGCUCGCUACCGCUGUUGCAGGUCUGGCCCAGCCAAGACUCGCCCCGGGGAGAAGCCGACGGACAGAGUUUCGUGUUUCCGCUGGCCGUAGAUGACCAGAGCGGCAGCAGUACGGGACUACUCCAAACCUCGCUGCAGCAUGUCGCCGUGGCCUCCAGCAGUAGCACCGGCGACCUGCGGCGCAAUUCCCUCUUCGUUGACCAAUUGCAAGCCGGCGAUAGCGGAAUCGAUUCCGUUCAGGCGUCCCCAUCGCCGGUCGCCAUGCCCUGUCAUCCCCUCGUAGUGUCCAACGCAAUAUCACCAAGUGCAUCGCCCACGGUGGGUUCACCGACGCCUUCGAUGGAUCGCAACCGGCGCCCAUCGACGUCGCUUCUCCAUCCGGAUCAUGCGCGGAUACUGGCCCUGCGACAGCUGACAUCACCCGACCAAACAUCCUUAGAAGACAAUACGGAGUUCAACGGGGUAGCCGGGAAUCAUCUAUGCACGGCUAGCUCUAGUACGACCUCAUCCCUGACUUCAGUAGCAGUCGCCACCCUUGGAGCGCAUCCCCAAAGAUCAUCGGACCCCUGGCUCCGUCCGGAGCGCGACAAAGAUCACCUUGAGCUGGACCAACGGAGGGCGUCGACAAUGACCGCCCGUCUGUCGCUGUUCGACGCCCUGGACCUGGAGUACGCUCUGCUGCGAGCCGCUGCUCGUGGUUCCGUGGGACCCUACUCGUUGAGCGAAUCGUUGCACAAACUCACCUUCACUCAGUCGCUCGCCUUUCCAGCACUCGCCCGCGGAUUAGCCGCAAAGCGGCGUACCUCUACCGAGGAGAGCUCAUCCCGGCCGCUCAACCCAAACGAGUCCGGCCUGAACACGUUCGCCAAAGUGGUCACCGCCUGUGUUCUAGUGAUGGUUAGCUUUCUGGUGUUUCUAGUGGUGUACAAGUACGUACGGACGUGAGGUUUGCUCCUGGCGCCGACCGAAGUCACGAUCCAGGCGACGACCGCUUCGACGGCGAUCGCCUCAUAUCACCACGUGGCCAACCGAACCCUUGCGUCGGGCGUCAGGAAGCUAUUCAACCUCGAUAACUAGUGAAAAGUAAGUGCGCAGAUAACGGCAAGAAAAUAUGCAAGUCAAAACAGAUGAAUAACAAAACACGCUCGUUCUUAUGAUGUAGCAACUUAAACGCAAGCGAAGAACUACGGAGCAAGGCCAAGUCAAUCGCAAGCGACGUAACAAUCGCCGAAUUGUUUUAAAAUCCUUCCUGCUAGUAGAUAUACACAUCGUAGCUCAGCAACGACAACAUCGUUUCAAAACUGGACUCUGGACAAUGCGUCGAUAACUAGCCUUACGGUGUGGACGAUCUGAACAGUGAACGGGUCCGUAAUGGAGGAAGGUGAUUGGACGUGUGAAUUUACUAUCAUUUCAUAUUUACUCCAAAAACAAAUUGUAGGUCAGAA